UCCAUCUCCAUAAGCCAAUUAAUUAGUUGAACACAUUAUAACUCCUGUUUCUUUAUUAAUUCUCUCUUUCAAAUAUAUGGCAGAAGAUGCUUCAAUUAUUCCAACACACACAAAAGCUUGGUACUACUCUGAACAUGGUAGUCCAGGUGAUGUUCUCAAAUUAGAUCCUAAUUGGCCCUUACCCCAACAACUCAAUGAUGACCAAGUGCUCAUCAAGGUCAUCGCUGCAUCCAUUAAUCCCGUUGAUUACAAGAGGAUGCACGGCGAGUUCAAGGACACUGACCCUCAUCUGCCUAUUGUGCCGGGUUAUGAUGUUGCUGGCAUAGUAGUGAAAGUGGGAGGAGAAGUAAAGAAAUUUAAGGUUGGAGAUGAAGUAUAUGGUGAUAUCAACGAGCAAGGCUUGUCGAACCUUAAGAUUCAUGGCACUUUGUCAGAGUAUACUAUUGCAGAAGAGAGACUAUUGGCUCAUAAACCAUCCAAUCUAAGCUUCAUUGAAGCUGCUAGCAUUCCUUUAGCACUUGAGACUGCUAACGAAGGUUUUGAACAUGCUCACUUCUCUGCUGGCAAAUCUAUCCUUGUUUUGGGAGGAGCUGGUGGAGUUGGAAACUAUGUUAUUCAGCUAGCUAAACAAGUUUAUAAGGCGUCUAAGAUAGCAGCAACUGCUAGCACCGGCAAACUUGAACUUUUAAGGGAGUUGGGCGUUGACUUGCCUAUUGAUUACACAAAGGAGAACUUUGAAGACCUUCCAGAAAAAUACGAUCUAGUGUAUGAUGUAGUAGGGCAAGGUGAUAGAGCAUUUAAGGCCGUUAAGGAAGAUGGGAAAGUUGUGACAAUAGUACCACCUGGACAUCCACCAGCUAUGUUUUUUGUGCUCACCUCAAAGGGAUCUAUCUUAGAGAAUUUAAGACCUUACUUUGAGAGUGGUAAGUUGAAGCCUAUACUCGAUGCCAAGACUCCAGUGCCAUUUUCUCAGGUUAUUGAAGCCAUUUCCUACUUAGAAACUUCAAGAGCCACAGGAAAAGUGGUCGUUUAUCCCAUACCCUAACCACAAUAUAUUAUUAACUCAUCAUAUAAUUAUAAUUAAUAAUGAACAUUUUAAAGUGUGUACUAAGAUAAUUGAUCAAUUAAUUAAGGUUUGUGUCAAACAAAGUCCCUUGUACUACUAUGCUUUAUGUUUAUGUAUACAAAGCAACCUUGCUGCUGAAAAAUAAAGAUUGAUAUAUGGUUGCAAUGUGAUCAAAUAUAUCUUAUUGGUAGACGAUAUGUAAAUAUUCUUGUAAGCAUUCUAUGAGUUUUGAUGCAUGUUCUAGUUUGAGUGAA